AGAGAAUUAACCCACUUGGAAAGAGUAUAUAUGAGUACAGAUACCUCGUUGUGACUUAACCUGAGACCCAGUCUUGACACUUAUCUGUGAAUUUUUGGUCGCGAUACCCUUAUAUAUAGAUACAGAUAUAUAUAUAUAUAUAUUUAUCACUGGACGUGAGCGGAACUCUUAUCAAAUCAACAGUCAGCCUUAUAUACGCGAUCCGCAAUAACGAAAUGGGCAAACAAAAUCCAUUAUAAUGCCCAUAUAGCCCAGUUAUAUAUAUUAUAUAUUGCAAGGCACCGAGUAAACAAAGCCGAAUAUAACUUGGCUAAAACAAACCUGUCGCCGCUCUCCAGUCGCUAUCGCCGCAGUCGGAGUCAGCUGCUCCAAUCGCCAACUUGAAGAUCGUCGUGGAGAAGGCCCUUUUAGCCCCAGACCCGUGAUCUUAAUCAGUUUUUGUGGCGGGUAAAUAGCCGCGAUUUAUUUCAAUUUCUGCCUCGGUUUGUCGUCGGUAUUUUUUUGAAGAUCGCGGCCGCGACGAGGGUGAUCGGAGCGGCGGGGGCGAUGGCAAUUAGCGGGCCAACUUCGUGUGGCAAACACCUCCGAAAAACACAUGUACAGGAAAAGAUAUUCCCCCCGACAAGUGAUUGAUAAUCGUCGUACAUAACUGCAAACAGGAAUAACAAACCAAACGAAAAAUCAAAAUUUGUGUGCUUAAAGCGCUGGAUGCGCCCCUAUAUCUCUCUCAUGGAGCUGCCAAUCAAUCGACCGGGAAGCGGGAACCUGCUGCUGGGUCUCACAUCCGUGGUGGGCCUCAUCGGAGGAGCCUACCUGCUGCAGUGUGGCGCCCAGUGCCUCGUGGGUAAACUAGCCAAUAAGAAGUGGAGGAAGGAGGAGACCAGCGAGGAUCACAGCUGCAACGUCUGCUGUGCAGACUUGGAUCUGAGCAGUGCCAAAAACUACGUGACAUGUCGCACCUGCGGAAAGUCCGUCUGUCGGGGACUCAAGUGCGCCGACUGGCGGCCCAAGGACGCCUCGUGGGAGUGCCAGCUGUGCCAGAGCUCCAAGGAGUCUCUGGCGCACACCUCCUCAUGGGUGGCCGAGCAAAUGUCCUUCAAUCAACACAAGUUCGUCUAUCCGAUGAGGGCCAGGAGCGAGGUCUACAUACCCAUUGUGGGAAACGACGGCAACGACAGCAGCAUGCAAUUCGAGAGCGUUAGCCAGAUCGGAUUGCCUGCCAACUCGGAUGAGAGGGCCAAGAUACGCGAGUAUGUGGAGGAGAUUGUGGCCGAGAUGCUGGGGGGCAAUCUGGACCACAUCAAAGUGGGCCAGCUGUCCAAGAGCGAGAACUACUUGCAACUCUUCGAUAAAUUCCAUGCCAAGCUGAGUAACCUGCUUAUCAACGUGGAGAACGGUUUGUGCGCGCGUGCGCUCAAGGGAGAUCUGCCGGCCAUCGUGAAUGGCCAUCACAAUGGUACCGGGAAUGGUAACCAUAAUAAUAACAAUAACAACAAUAACAAUGGCGACUCCGAGCUGGCGGACAUCUCGCAGACCCGACUACGCAGUCUCAUAGAGACCAUCAUAGCGGAGACCCUGCGGAGCUCGUCCCUGAGUGCCAGCGGUGCCGUCUCAGAGAUCAGCCUUGAUACGCGCUCCCAACUGGGAGCCUCGGAGCUGGCCAAUGGGAAUGGCCUAAAGCGACGCCAUCGCACGGAGCACUACUUCGAGCCGAAGAUCUACCAGGAUCUGCUGGCCACUGCGGUGCUUAAUAAGAUUGCGGAUAAGGAAGGGAAUACAAGGCUUUUGGCAGAGAGCACGCCGGACUUGAGUGGUCGCCACAUUGACGAGAAUUUCAAUGCCGAGGCGCUGAGCACUACGUCCGGAAGUUCAAUAGAACCACGCAGCGAUUGCAGCCUUACUGAUCAUGAAAUCGGACUGGAUAAUGGCAAAUCCCAAUCCCUGCAGGCCGAUUUGGAGAGGGAAUCUGUCCUCAGUGAUUAUAUAGCCGCGCACAUGGUGCCACUACCUGACUUUUCAGCUUCCGUUACCGAGUCCGAGGAAGAUAUUGGAUCCAUCUCCUCGAGCAUGAUCGGAGACGGAAACUGGGAGGACAACUGGCUCUUUAAAAAGAAGCGCAGCUCGGUCACUCCAAGCAGCACUGGCAUGCUUGUGCCGGCACCCAAAGAGAAUAUCCGGGCCCAGAUUGGUGACAAGACCGCUGACGAGGUUAGCGAUCUGUCCGAGAUGGGCUCAGAUGCUGAGGACAGUUCUCUUGACCUGUUGCGCAGCAACGACCUUAAUGAUCGUCUGCUGAGCAAACACCUGAUUGGUGGUCAAAACACAAAGCUUGUCCUAGACGAGCUGGUGGAUCGCACCAGCCUCACAUCCCACACAUUGCCAGAGGAGCACGAGCCGGCGUUUACGGAGACAACUAACGCAUUUGUGGUGUCUCCACCAGCCGUGCCAUCCGUCGCGCCACCUCCCAUGAUAUUCCAGGAUGAUUCUUUAAAUGAGGAGUUAACUCACACUCCCAUUGCAGAUCAAUUAAGUACAGAGUCGCAUUAUAGCGACGACAGUGAGCCCUCCACUGCCUGCGAGACCUUCAACGGAGAUGGUGACUCAGAGCAGGAGUUUGUUAGUCAGACGGUUUUAGUCCUGGACGAGCAUCGGUCCCAGAAUACUAACACUAACUCUAACAGCACCCUGCACUCUAACUUGCAUCGUCCCCUAACCCUAACUAACAACCCUCCUUCGGGUAGCAGACGCACUAACGGAAAACUAACAAAUGGUUCCCUAAAAUGGUCCGGUAGCUACACUACCGACCUGUCACACGGUGGCCCACCGGCUGCCCCACAAGACGGUGUUGCCGCCGAAGAUGAUGAUGUUGUACUCUUGCGGCGAUUUGUGCCAGGUUCAAUUGCCGAGCGCGAGGUGAAGAAAUGGUACAAUGCCGUCGAAAUGCCAAACAACCCAUACGCUCCCGAGGCCCUGAAGCAGCGCAUCAGUGGUACGCAAGAGCGGUACAUGGACGUGCCAAAUAUCAGUCCCAGUGCAGAGCAAAAGGCUCUGGCCUCAGCACUCACUGAAAACACGGACCCUCCGUCGCCCCAAACGGAUUACAAGCGGUACAGCCGCGACUACUACAUAAAUAACGCCCCCAAAGACAGCACGGGAGUUGUGAGGGCCACUGCCGCCAGCUCCUUUGUGGAUCAGCGGCGAAGCGCUGGUGAGGACGUCGAGGACAUCGUGAUCAACGAGGCUCAAAAAGCAAGCCAGGCUGCCACAGAGCAGGACCAGCCACUGGAGUCGGUGUAUAAAGCCUUGCCAGUUCAGGUCCUGGACGAGUCCUUAGACUCCCAGUCGAAUCCCUCGUUGCACUCGCUGCAAACGACGACCACUACAACCAGCGAUGAGUCCGACACGGUGCGCAUCUACGAUUUUAAUAAGCAGGAAACGACGGUUAUCAGGGCUGCUCCAGCCUCGGAGCAGCCACAGCAUCCCAACAGCUCCACCUCAUCGUCCAUGGAGUCCGCACAGAGUGCUUCGCCUUCUGUGUCCUCCAUCGACUCAUCUGUCUCGAAGAAACGGGAACGACCUGUGGUCCUCCAGUUUGGGCCGGGGGACUCGGCGCCCACCAUAGGUUCCCCUGCCAGUACACCCACUCGGGGAUCCACACCUCCAGCUUUCAGAUUUUUGCAGCCCAAACGCCGCCUCAUCGAUCCCAGUCAGGUUCUGUCAGUCGACGAAGAUGAUGUGCCGGAACCACCCACUCCUGCGGCGGAGAGGCCGGUCAUCGAAGUUGAAUUGGGCCAUGCCAUGCCAUCCGUGAAGGCUCUGGCCCAGGCGUUCCUCCUGACCAGCAAGCACACGCAACCCCAGCGCAGGUGGCGGCAGGUAAGACUCGCUGCCCCGCCAGAUGCACCCAAUAAGCCAGGGACCUCAUUGCCUAAACGUCACAGACUGGAGCACGCUGUCUCCAUGGCUGAGGUAGCGGAUGAGUCCACGAUUGCCUCGGACCUUUCAUCGCUCGAAACCGAUCCAUCUUUACACUCCGAGGGCAAUCCACCCAUAGCCUCGCCAGCGAGUCCUGUGCCCGUGCGGCACGGCUUCCUCCGGAGCAAUAUUGCUUUCUUUGAGAAUUUAAAGUUCAAGUGAAUAUGCAAGAGGGGCUUUGUGCGGUGUGCAGCCAUUAGUUGAUCUUCCCGGAGUGGGAAAAUGCACGAUAACGGUGAGGCACACGCAGCACAUAAUCAAAACCAAAACUUCGCCAAAAACCAAGUGCCAUGGAUGGCCUCCAUUCCCCAGACCAAUAUUAUCACACACACAACAAAGUACUUAACUUCAAUCGGCACCCAGCGUGCGCCAUUUGUUAAUUGUAGUCCGUAUUUACUAUUACGUAAAUCUUAUAUCCAUGGAUACUAUUUAUUUAGCUCUAAGAUAUGUAUUAUGUACUUGCUAGGCGUAAGCGAACAAUGCUACAUUUCACCCGUGUACUAGUUUAAAUGUUACAUAAUUGUACUCAAUAAAUCGUAUAGAAUAGUA